AUGGAGUUUAAUGGUGCUCAAGAUACAGGCAGUGAGGUGUCUUUGGCAUUUUCUGUCUUUGUAAGCAUUCAACUUGCCACAACUAUUUGUAAUUACCAUCUUGUGUCAAGUUCACAGGGUGAUGUGAAUAAAAGAAGUAGUUUGGAAUCGCUUUUCUGUUAUGACAAAUCUAUACCAGAGGAAAUAAUUGAAAAGCCCGUUGGAUUAUCAAUCGCUGAGAAAGAUAUUGGAGAUAAUCCCAGAUGCACAGAGUGUGAAGCCAAAGGUGCUGUCCUUUGUGCUACUUGCGGGGGGUCUGGUCUGUAUGUCGACUCUAUACUGGAGAGUCAGGGAAUAAUUGUCAAAGUUAGAUGCCUAGGUAACUUUCUAAUAGCUUCACUUUUGGUUGUGGUGGUACUGGCAACAUUAUGUGUUUGGAAUGUCAUGGCAAAGGUCACUGUUGAUGCUCCGGCUGCACCUCAAAACCGCUCCCCCGCCGUAAUGGGCGGCGCGUUCAGGUUCAUAUCGCUCCUCACAGCUCCCUUCCAACCGGCUCUCCACCGACCUACCUCCAUCAUUUUCCGGCGAUUCAUCGCCCGGCGCAUCUCCACCACCACCUCAACUCGUCAUCUUAGUCUCUCUCGUCACCCAGCUAAUUCCCACCGUUCUGGCUCUGUUUUCCUUACCAGAACUGAUUCCUUCCGCAAAGAACUACACGCCCAAGCCAUUAAUUCAGACCGUGAAACCGCUAAUUUUCCUGAUAUUCCCACUCCUAUCAUCCACCCCUGGCCGGAAUGGUCCCAACUAGUUGACACCCUUCUUUCCUCACACUGGAAUCGACCUCCUGUGAAUCACGGCCCUGAGAUCUUUCCUGAGGAUGCAUUUGUAGUCUACGAGGAAAAGAAAUUAUCUGAUGAAUUCAUUCACCAUGCCUCUGUUUGCCUAGCUUUUUCUAGGUCCCGGCCGGAGCUUCUCAGUAUUCUGUCAAGAAAAGAUAUGGAAGUGAUUGUAGCAAACGGGACACCGUUUCUAUUCAAAUCUGCUCUUGAUGUUGCCAGGAGAUUGCGAGUGUAUUUGGGCAUGGAGGGAGGCAAUGUGUUGGGCCAGAACAAUGUAACAUUUGCUGAUAUUAUGAAGUACAUACUGAGUUAUGCCUGCAAUCCCUCUACUUCAGCUGAGAGUAGCCUCUACAGCAAAGAACUAGUGGAAUCAUCUGCAAGAAGUCUUUUACGCCAGAUGACUGAAGCAAGUUUUGGAGAUCCUGUGCAGAAACCUCCUGCUUCAGAAAAUACGUUUAAUGGCGGUUAUGAACAAAAAUCCUGGCCUCUGAGACAGAAUGUUGAAAUGAAGAGGGGUGACUGGAUUUGUCAAAAGUGCAAUUUCAUGAACUUCGCAAGAAACUUGAAAUGCCUAGAAUGUGAGGAAUCUAGGCCACAGAAACAAUUAACUGGCCAGGAGUGGCAAUGUCCUCAAUGCAACUUCUAUAAUUAUGAAAGGAAUUUGGUAUGCUUGAGAUGUGACUGCGAAAAACCGGGAGUAGGUAUUGUUAAUAAUGUACGCUCCACGGCACAGUUGGCAUCUGUCAAACCCAAUUUGAGAAGUACAGCCUUUUCAGAAAGUGCACCAUCGAGGGUUUUAGAAAAUGACUUGGAGCAGAGGCAAGUCGAGGAUCAAAGUCAAAAAAGCUUGCGGGGAUAUGGGGUUCCACAAAGUGUUUCACACAGUGAAAAAACAGCUCAAAGUACAGAUUUCUUCAGACAAUCUGAAAGUGACAGCCAAAAUAUGGAGAAUAAUCAAACUGAAGUGUCUAAAAAGUGGUUUCAAAGGGUCGCAGAGCUGCACAAUGUUAAGGACUUGCCAAGUGCAAUUUCAGAUGAAGAGUUUCCAGAGAUUAUGCCAAUGCGAAAAGGAGAAAAUCGCUUUGUCGUCAGUAAAAAGAAAGAUCGUUCAUUAGCAUCUCCAGCAUACAAGAGACAUGCCGCCUCCGGGCAGGAAAGUAGUUCAAAUUUUGUUCCAUUUGUUCCAUUUCCUCCCGGGUUUUUUGCAAGGAAUGAUACCUCUGUAUCAGUAGACAAAAACUCUUCUAGUCAAUCUUCAUCUGAAACUUCGGCAAGCGUCAGUGAGAAAAAUGCUAUGCAACAAACCGAGAGCCAAGUAAGAGGUUCAGAAGACAAGAGUUCGAAUAUCUCGAGGCUUCAGGAUGUGGAUCUGGAUGGUAGGAGUAGUCAAAGUUCCCAUUCUUCCUAUAGUAGCAGAAGUGGCUUCAGGACUAGUGGUCAUUCUGGUAAAGAAAAUGUAUCCCAAUCAAUGAAUUCUACUGGAGACUACCAACAAUUGGAAAAUCGGAAUACUAUCUCAGGUAGGACAGCAAUGAGCUUAGAGGGAUCUGAAGUGAAGGAACCAAACUCCUUGGACAUGUCAGAGGAAGCAAAAGCUGAGCGGUGGUUUCGACGAGUUGCUCAGAUAAAAGACAUUUCUGAGCUAAGCCAGAUUCCUGAUGAAGACUUCCCCUCAAUAAUGCCAAUGAGGAAGGGGGUAAACAGGUUUGUGGUCAGCAAAAGGAAGACCCCAUUAGAGAGGAGGUUGACAUACUCUCAAUACAGACGGAAUCUUCCAACUGAAAGCUCUGACCCUAUGAAGAAGGAGAAUGACACAAAGUGA